GUCCAUGGCGCAGAUGAACAACCGAGAGCCCAGGGGCGAGGACCUUAUCGACGAGCAGGCGGCCAAGGUGUACAAAAAGUUCAUUAUGCUGGACGGGAAGCCCGACGUCGAGCCCGACCCAGAGAAGCGCCAUGAUGACCACUCAGCGGAGCUCCCCCACACCCGGGUGUGGCUGUUGGGCGAUCAGAUGCUCCCGAAGUACAUGUGCGUUGCCCUGGAGACCGCUCUGUACUCACAUCGGAACCAAGUGGCAGCGGCCCUGGCAGCUAAGACGAAGGCUGAGGCGCUGGAGGACGGCCCGGCCAAGGCGAAGGCGGUCGCAGCCACCGCCGCCGCUGUUGACAAGGUCAACUCGAAUCGCUUCUACACGUUUCUCUUUAAUCCAUCACAGCAUCGUGAGAUCAGGGGGAGAGAGAAACUCAUGAAGCUGCCAAAGUACAAAGGGGCGACCAAGCAUGGUAUUGCGUUUCGCCUCGACCCUGCAACUCCGAGCAUUCGCGUAGACCCGCUAUCGCCUGGUGAGUUCGUGCCCAUUCGGUGCGUGGAGGUAUUGCCAGGUACUGACCCAAUGCCUGCCAUCUUCGCGCUGGAC